AGUCAGGUGCAAUAAUUAACCUAGAAAUCAUGAACCCAUCAACGGCACGAUCGAAUCGACCUUCCCUACAAUCAUCGUCAUCAUCGAUUAUACCGUCAUCUCAUCUGCAUCAGCAGCAAAUUCACUAUGGUCCCAUAACCACGUUACAGCCAUGUACUGCAACGUUGCAUCCAUCCUGUAUCUUUCCUGCACGUAACGCUGGACCACCCAGUCCUGCAUCCCUACAAAACCAAGUUGCAUCAUCUACCUUCGCCCAUGGCCCUUAUCCUACCCUGGAGCACUACGCCAACUCUGGCGUGAACCUGAUAACGCCGCCAUAUUUCAAGCCUCCUGAAAAUAUCUGCACAGUAUCGGAACGACAACCAGCUCCACAUCCUCACAGUCUCUUUUAUCAUAUAUCCGCGAUCAAUGCUUGCAGUCUGCAGACAGGAAAUCCAAACGCAGCUUUUCAUCUACCUGGAAACGCUCCUUAUGCCGUCACGACAUUUUCCAAUAAUCAAAUAUCAGCACCGCUGGCUGUUCAAUCAGCUCAGAUAUUUCCAAGUUCUCCAAUUGGUUUGGUCUUCGGCAGUUCAUCGCCACCUGUUGACAAGCACACUUCCGGUAUCGAAGCAGCCCCCAGCUUAAAAUCUGUUAAGAAUAAGACAGUCAUUGGUUGCACCAAGUUACAGAGUGUUUCAAGAAUGGAAAACAGUGAUUGGGUGUCUUCUGUCAAAAUGAACCAUCCUGAUUCGUCAAUUGGAAUAUUUGAUAACGCCAACUGUCGCGAGGAUAAUUCAAUUUCCAAAAAAUGUAGUCCUACCAAAAACCAAGAUGAACGUCACUCCGACGAGUCUUCAGCCAGUUUCGACUUUACCAUUGAAGCUGAGGAAAUGGUCUCCGCUCUCUGUAACACAGCAUCGUCCAAUGAUCUCGGAAAAGAAGAUAGAAAUUUGGAUACUAACCUCUUUAAUGGCGCCGGUGACAAUAUCUCUAACAAGAGCACGUGGUUUGCAGAUUUUUCUACGGAAUAUUCAAUGGGAUCUAGCGGAUUCCGAAACGUCGCCACGCAGACUCUGGAUCCUGGAUCUGAUCAGCAAUUUCCUGAGCUCAUUCGCAAGACCACUUAUUGGGGCUGCAGUGAGGCUGAAAAUAUUUUAAAUUCUGCCAAGUACAGUCAAGACCCCAAACGUCACUGGUUAUCCAAUAUGUCUUCUGCCACAAGGACUGCCAUUAUGAAAUCCUCUACUUGCUUUCCAGUUUUCGCAGGCGAUCGAGUAUUCAUACGUGAUCUUAUCAAUGCACUUAUUCGUAUCAGCAAUGGCUGGCUGGUUCUUGAUAAUUAUCUUAAUAAGCAAUACUACACUGGACUUGCUGAGAAGUAUGACAGUGAAUUAAUCAGAUCAUUUCAUUUCUGGGAAAGCACAACUUACGAGCUGCUUAGAAAUGUCAUAGAAACUUUUCUCAAAUUAGAAGAAACAGCACCAAACACAGUAGAACAUUUGAAUCGACAAGAAUUCUCAAACAGCUCAUUUCCUGGCGACGUUUCCUUAUAUACACCAAACGAUCUCGUCAAUUUGUCAAGUUCCAAUAAUUUUCGAUCUUCUGAAAUUACUCAGGCUAAUCAAACUAAUCAGGAAUCAGCAUAUGCUGUGCACUAUACACCUCAAGCUUCAUCGACAGUGCACAAUUUUCGAUAUUUGAAUACUCAACAGUGCCAAAAGGAAACGAAACUUCGUGGCAAGUGGACUAUGACGGAAAAUUUAAGAGCUACUGUAGAGGGCACGAAAUCAGUACCGGAUAUGAACCUGAAUCAGCCGGAAGCUGGUAUUCAGCAAAGUAAAUUCAGGCCCAAGGUUCCUAAUAAGAGCAGUUCGUCGCGUCAGUCUCUCAACACAGAAUUCUGUAAUUUGAGAAACAAAGUGAUGGAGAGCAAUGCAGAAACUUCACGGCAAUGGUCAACGAGAGAUAGAAAACGUGACUUUGCUUUUAAUGCUAAAUCAUCAAUAGAGCCUAGUUACCAAGUGAAGCAAUCUACUUACGGAAAUAAUUGUAGCAACAAGUGUAUGUCUAGAAUGACAGACGCCAGUUUCUCAAAUCCACAAGGUGGCAUUGAAUCCUACGUAGGCACGUCAUCCACGGGAAUAGAUUCAGGUUAUGUAACUAAAUCUUAUUCUGAAAUGGAUUACGGUAUAAAAUCAUCAAAAGUCGAUCAUCCUUACACUAGUAAAUCAUUAAACGGCACAGAGUCUAUUUACGUUGGAAAACCACCAGCAGAUCAAGUUGAACCAGCACCAGUACCCAGGAACAGGAUGACGCUCUUGAGUCAAAUAGAGCCUGACGCAUGUUCAGCUAGAGGCACAGAAGAGAUGACAGCAAAUUUGUCAGCCUGGUUUGCCAGUAUGAGAAACACAAAUUGUUUAAGCUCAGUGGGAAAUCCAGAAACUAAAGCUUGUGGAAGUUUAAGAUCACCUCAUCCUCAAGAGAUGUCCAGGAGUUCCAUGGACCUGGUGAGACAACUUCAGAUGGAUUCCAAUCGUCAGUUACAGACUUUGAAAAACAUGCAAAGUAUCCAAAGUGCACCGUGGAAUGUCUGCAAUCUUAUCAACAACAGAAACAACGUUCAACAGCAAGUUGAAGAAUAUGACAGCUCCGAGGACGUUCGCGUUUACAUGAAACCAGGUAGCUACAACGUACCCAAAAAGAGACACCAGAGGCGUCCCAAUCGCAGAACGGAAAACACGUCAUCCAGGAAUCCUGUAGGGUCAUCUGGGAAUUCUCAAGUCAAUAAGGAUAAGUCCUUAGGAGCAUCCGGAAGUGGGGCCACUUCUGGUAGGAUAUCUUUCACAGCGGCAUCCAUAGUUCCACCACGUACGUACUCCCUGGAGAAUUCUCCAAGGAUCUUACGUCGGGGCGAUUCUACGCUCCAGGAUAUACGACAAGAUGUCACCUGGAAAGCGGCCUGCGCCUCAGCUGAGAUUUUACUGGAAGCACUUAACGUUAAGGAACCUGAAAUUGAGGCACUGGAAGCAAAAUCCUUGGCUUCUACGAUACCCAAGCCUGCAGAGGCUAAAUGUGUCGAUGAUGGUGCCUCUAGCUAUGAAGCAUCCGAAGAUGAUUCCGGGUCGACUUGUAAACUAUCACCAGGCAUUAAGUCACGUAUGGACAUCAAGUCUAGUAAGACCAACGUGAAGACCGACUCCUGGUUAAUCAGGACCUUGAACAAUGCUAGUAUCAAACAAAGACAGGAACCAGACUUGGAGAGUUCAGAAUCGUCAAACAGUUCAAUACAAGAAGAUGAACCACCUACCACUGUGAAACUGGAACCAAGUCUAGGUGCUAGCACACCAAGGGAAACGUCACCAAGAAAUACAGCCGACAGUACCGAUGUUCCAAGUCGUGCCACUUAUUCAGAAACGGUACGACGUUCGACUUUGAGUACGUCAUCCAAGAAAGAAUCUUCCAGGAGGCAAAUGAAGUAUACUUCAGUACCGAGCACUGUAAUUCCAGUAACUGGUAAGAAGUGCCAACGUAAAGAUGUGGAUAGAUCUUACAUGAUGCACAAAUCACGAAAAUCAACCGGCAGAAGAGUUCAUAGAGAAGUUGAAGAGCCCAGCGAAGAGAGUUUUCCUAAGAAAAUAUUGAAAGAUGAUUCCAAGACAAUUGGAUUAAAGACGACUAAGAAGAAGGACAAUUCUGGGCUUACAGACAAAAACAAAAGUUCUGACAGAGGUUGGUCCGUUUGGUACAGUUCCAGAAGAAGGCAGAGUCUCAGUCCUCUGGCUCUUAACAAGCUUGAAAGUAUUCAUCAGACUAUCUGGCAGCUGGAUGAAGAGCAGAUCUUCAAGUACCCACCAUCGACUACCAUGAGUGAUCAGCCUUCUAACAAAACAAUUGAAGAUUAUUACAAAGCAGUCAAGUGUCCCUUGUUUCUUGAAACAAUUGGAUACAAGUUUAAAAAUCGUGUUUAUCACAAAGUGGAGCAUGCUGUACGUGAUUUUCGAAGGAUCAUAUACAACUCUAGGAUCUGUUUCAAGAAUGAUACUGAACGACUAUCCAAGAUCGAAGAUUUGUCGAAGAAAUUGGAAGAGCUACUGAAGGAACAUUUUCCCAGUGGGGAUUUCGAGACGAUAACCGGAAGUCCUAGGGACAUAAGUGGUUCGCCAAUUAGAACGCGUUGCAAAUUAUCAAGUCAGAAAGCUCCUCGUCACAGCAUCACAAAGAAAAACUCAUCUUGUCCUACAAAUACAGAUAAUCUCUGUUCUCAUUGAUUUGCAUGUCAAUUUGCAUCAGUCAAUUGGAUGAAAUCAAAACAAUUUUUCUCGAACGGCUCCGAUAUACGAUAAGACUUCCAUAUGGGGUAAGGAUGCCUAAUUAAGCUUAUGAUUAUUAAUCAAGAAUCAUUAUAGAUUUUUAUCGACAACAACUGGGCGAUAAUCAGUCACAUAAUACUGAUUUGCGAUAAUGUCGCUAGUUUAUCGGUUUCAUUGCAAUUUCAGUUCUUCAGAGGGUACUAUAUAUUGAGAGCCUACGAAGUCCAUUAGCUAAUUAAAUUAAGUUUCACCCUAAUUAGCUCUUUGAUCGAGCAAUGUCCCUCUUUUGAUAUCUCCGAUUUUUUUUCACUAGUUCCACGUGUCGACGUUUACAUUAACUGACUGCACUGGUUAAAACAGUCAGAACGAUCCAAUCGUGUGUAACGAUCCUUGAUAAAAUAGGAUAUUUUUGAAUGCCUCUUCUCACCUUUUUAUA